AGAAGAUGCGUGACAUCAGGCCCACGUGAAUUCUUAGAUCAUCUCCACAAUUGGCUCUUUUCUUCCCAGAUCACCGCUCACGUGAUCGGACGGGCGCUUUAAGUCCGAUCUUAGGAGCUUGAAGUCCGGACUGGACUUUGAGUGUGACUGCCUCGAUUCUGGAUGAUCACCGGACGUAAGCUGGUCGUGGUAGCAAUCAGGCAGGGGACGUUUGCAUAACGGCGUCGCUCCGAACGUAGAUUCUCGUGGGUUUAUUUCAGUUUCUCAAACGCGGUGGACUUUCAUUGCUGUACUUGACUAGGCAGAACUCUGAAUUCUGGCUUCACCAGCAGUCACAGUCACAGUCACGCACUUCGAAGGGAAAUCGAGAAGUCGAUCAACGAAUCAAACCACCGGCGGAAAGCCAGUCCAGAUCUAGCUAUUCCACUUGCUGAGAAAUGUCCAUCAGUUUUGGUGCAGCAUCCUCACGAUCCGAUAACCAAAGGCUAAUUUUGCACACAGGAGUGGCUGGACGACUGGACAUUGAAAGGUUAGCAAACAGUCAGAAGAAGAUUUUCCUACCUGCCUGCGCAGAAAGGAAAAGAGGAGCGCAGCUGCAGACAUUGAUUGGUACACUUGUCCUCCUUUUAAGACUACUGUCCCUACAUUAAGACGCUAUCCAUUCACUGGACCAUUCCGAUUCAUGGACUGCAGUACUGUACGAUUUGGCAAAGGAGCGGAUAAGUUCGAGUGGAUCGAUGCUCCUCCAAAAGUUGCAAGUUCAUGAAGAAGAAUAAAAAGAAGCGAGAGAACAAAGUGCACGAUUUUGACUGGAUAUGCUCAGGGCCUGCCGGUUCUCGUCGAAUGAAGUAGAAUGAAUAUGCACGUAGCGCCGGCCUUCCUUCCAUCCGUCCAUCAUCACAGUCCUCUUCACGGCUCCCUUUGCGGAGCCGUCCGAGGCGGAGAGAGUUUCUGGGAGGAACAUCGGGCUCGAGGCUGACUGCGGAGCUGAUGAUGGAUCCGAGCUGCCGGAAGCGGAACGUCAGAUUGCAGGGUCGACGGGGGAAGAGGAGGCUGAGGUCCUGGAGAUGUAGAGUAGAGCGAGCGAGCGAGCGCGGAUUCCUGCAUGGACGCCCGGACUCAUGCACGAGUAGCGUUGCGUUGCUUGUGGAAUUGCUCACUGCGAGACUUGUGUGAGUGAGUGAGUGAGUGAAGGAGGGAGUCGCUCGAGAAAUUACUGCCUGAAUUUAUGGCCGCGGCUGCGUCUCGUUCUGCAGCAGCGUGUCAGGAAGUAGAUAAGGCCAAGCCCCCGGCCCGUUCCAGCAGGAGACCACCAUGCCCGGAAAAGCCCACACCGACGAGUUUAUCCCCAUGGAGCUUCCUCUGUAGACACUGCUGCUAGUUCUACAUUCUGAGAAAAUCUCGAAAAAUGGUCACGCGGAUCUGAAAGUUCACAGCUUCGUCGGCCGGUGAAAGUCCCAGAUUAGUCGACUCUGUGAUGAAGUGCUGAAGAAGUGCAACGCACUGCGAAGUGAAAGUCAUCGUCGGGGAAAGGAAGCAAGGAAGCAAGGAAGGAAGCGCGAUGGAAGUACAGAGAGCGGCAGAGCCCCUCUUGCCGGUCGCCAGUCCGCCAGCCGGCGACCGGCGAAGAACGAUGAGCAAGGUGAAAACGGCAGCUCUGUGGACGUCCCCUUGGUUGCUGCUGGCUAUGGUUUUGGCGUACCACCGCUUUGAUUCGUCGGGCACUCCUAAAGGUGUCCAGGAUCCGAUCGUCACUCUCACAGUGGAAGGAGCUGAUCGCGGUCGCGAUAUGUCCCAGACUCUGUUCGGCAUAUUCUUCGAGGAGAUCAAUCAUGCCGGAGCUGGGGGCUUAUGGGCAGAGCUUAUCAACAAUCGAGGCUUUGAGGCUGGGGGCCAGAAUACACCAUCAAGCAUAGAUCCAUGGUCUCCGCUGGGAAAGGAAAACGAAGUGAUGCUGACAACAGAACGAGCUUCGCUGUUUCCCAGAAACCCCAUCGCUCUACGCAUGAAAAUCCUUUGCGGAAACGGAACUGCUUGUCCUCUCGGGGGUGUAGGAGUGGCGAAUCCCGGAUACUGGGGCAUAGAUGUGCGAGCAGGCAGAACUUACCAAAUAACAUUCUGGCUGCGAUCGGAUGCGAUGGUCAACCUCUCAGUGGCAUUCAUCUCUCAAGAUGAGCUCAGAGUUUUGGCUCAACAAUUCUUGAUAGUGGACGAGGCCAGUAGCUAUGACUGGCAGAAGUACCAGUUUGAUUUAGUGGCGACGGAUACUGAUCAUUACGCGAAGCUUGCUUUUACCACAUCCGUGUCUGGAUCAAUUUGGCUGGAUCAGGUGUCUGCUUUCCCAGAAGAGACCUACAAGGGUCAUGGAUUCCGUAAAGAGCUGGCCGAGAUGUUGGAGGAACUGAAACCGGCCUUUCUUCGGUUUCCAGGUGGAUGCUAUGUCGAGGGUGAAAGACUUCAAAAUGCUUGGAGAUGGCGGGACACCAUCGGUCCCUGGGAGGAAAGGCCAGGCCACUAUGGAGACGUUUGGAAUUACUGGUCGGAUGAUGGGCUGGGUUACUUCGAAUUUCUUCAGCUAGCGGAGGAUCUCAAUACAGCACCAAUUUGGGUCUUUAAUAAUGGGAUAUCUCAUAGUUACAGCAUAUCUCCACGCAACAUCCAGCCCUGGGUGCAGGAUGCUCUUGACGGUCUCGAGUUUGCAAGGGGCCCAAGCACGAGCACAUUUGGUGCAAUUCGUGCGGCCAUGGGUCAUCCUGAUCCUUUCAAUGUUCGCCACGUUGCAAUCGGCAACGAAGAUUGCUGGAAGCCAAACUACCAAGAGAACUACAUGGCGUUCUACAAGGCCAUUAAGCUGCUCUAUCCUGACAUAAGUAUCAUCUCAAACUGCGACGCCACGAACGGGCCUCUCAGGCAUCCUGCGGAUUUGUACGACUUUCAUAUCUACACAAAUGCAAACAACUUGUAUGCCAUGAAGAGUCAGUUCGAUCAAAAGACCAGGGACUCGGGUCCCAAGGUUUUUGUUAGUGAAUAUGCGGUUACUGGCUCGGACUCAGGAACUGGGAGUCUCUUGGCGGCCAUCGCCGAGGCAGCAUUCAUGAUCGGGUUGGAGAAAAACAGUGAUGUAGUGGAGAUGGCAAGCUAUGCACCACUUUUCGUGCAUGAAAAGGACCGGAGAUGGAACCCCGAUGCCAUUGUUUUCAAUAGCUGGCAGCAAUAUGGCACGCCGAGCUAUUGGGUACAGACGCUUUUCAAACAUUCGAGCGGUGCUAAACUCCUCGGGCACUCCGUAACCGGUGCGAAUGGAGGCCCAACUCCAGUAGUGUCUGCCAUUCGAAGGCAUGACCCUCAAACGAAUGGGGAAUAUAUCGUAAUCAAAGCCGUGAACUUUGGCAAAGAUGUGAUGGCAAUGCGCGUAGUCUUCAACGGUAUACCUGCAAACGGCAUUGCGUUUCCCAACUCGACAGUUGCCACUCUGACCUCAGAUAAAACGAUGGAUGAGAAUUCGUUCUCCAUGCCUGAAAAGAUCACGCCUCAGGUCAGCAAUUUGGCGUACCCUGAAUCCGACAUGCAGAUCAUGCUACCACCAUACUCGAUCGUUGCUCUGGACCUCCGGCUCAACUCCACCGUCACAUUGUCUCCAAUUUUACAAAUUUCAAGCAGCAACUAGACACCCACUUGCGAGGAGGCACUGGGACCCUACGGAGAUGUAUUGUACGCUGUAAAUGCACUGUAUCUCAGUAAGAUAGCACUGAAGAGGGCAGCCAGUCUUCAGUCACAGAAAGGGAGCUUGAUUACUUAACCACUCCAUCUCUAGGAGCCAUGUAAAAAGGUUGUGGCAAAUUUGUAUAUAAAAUGAAGGUUACUUCUUCCUACUUCUAUGUCCAAGAAAAUGGUCGGAGAAGAAUAAUGAGGUCAUCUGCAAGU